AUGGCCAAACCUCUGGCAUUUGAAGCAAUACAAGGGGUUUGGAAUAAAGGGUUCAACAGGGAUAUUAAGGGAACCGGCUUUGACAGACUGGGGAAGGGUAGGGACGUUAAAGGUGAGGAUACAAGUAUUAGUCGAGAUUGCUACGCCAUUCUGUGCCUCAACCGAGAUUGCUAUGCCAUUCUGUGCCUCGACCGAGAUUGCUACACCAGUCUGUGCCUCGACCGAGAUUGCUACACGAUUCUGUGCCUCAACCGAGAUUGCUACACCAUUAUGUGCCUCAACCGAGAUUGCUACACCAUUCUGUGCCUCAACCAAGAUUGCUACACGAUUCUGUGCCUCAACCAAGAUUGCUACACCAUUCUGUGCCUCAACCAAGAUUGCUACACCAUUCUGUGCCUCAACCAGGAUUGCUACACCAUUCUGCACCUCAACCGAGAUUGCUACACCAUUCUGCGCCUCAACAAAGAUUACCACAAGAUUCUGUGCUUCAACCAAGAUUGCUACACCAUUCUGUGCCUCAACCAAACAUUUAUAAUGUAG